GAAGGCCUAAGUCUAAUUAGAGAGCUUUUGGUGCGGUUUCAGCAGGAACGGUGGAACGUACGUAUUGGGGAGUUCUGAUGACGAAUUUUUAGACAAUAACAGAUUCUUGAGCUGAGCCAUGAGUGUGGUUGGAAAUUGAAAGUGAACCGGAAGGGAAGUACGCAUUUCUGUUCGCAGAAGUCCAGUGGCUUCCAAAACAGAUGAAAUGUGGUCUGAGGGAUGGUGUGACUACAAGCCACUUCCAGGAAAACAAGCACAGGGAUGGUAUGAGUACAAGCGACUUCCAGGAAAACAAGCGGUGGGAUGGUGUGACUACAAAAGACUUCCAGGAAAACAAGGGCCUCCUUGGAACCAUCCCAGUGAUGGAAACCAUAGACUAAUUAAUGUGCCAAAGAGACCGCCUCUGGGAGACAAGAGAUCAUCUCUGCUAGCCGGACCCAACGAAGCAGGCUACAGUAAAUAUUACUGGCACUUUGAUUGCCAAGAAUGGGACGAGGGCCGCUGUUUUACUCAGGAUCCAAGAAGAGCCCCACCCUACAAAAGAGGCCAUUAUGGCUACCGAUGGUCAAGAGAUGAGUAUUCCACAAGCCAACAGCCUCAAUACAGGGCCAUGAGAAACGGCUUUAGAAGAAAACGUUUCUAUUCUUCCCAUUAUUCAAGACAACGCUCUCCCCAUAAACGGGCGGCUCCUUUUUUGAGAGAAUCACGUGUGGGCGGGAAGGACUCCCUACACAGCAGAUUUGGAUCCAGUCUCAGCAGUAGAAGCAGGAUGCGCUCCUUCCAUCAGUCUCGACAUAGAUGUAAAGAGAGAGCCAUCCAGUUUUUGAAAACAUCAAGAGAUACUGUGCCCUCAAGUUCUUCAUCCAAGGUGUUAAAAAGCCCCAGCCGGCUGACUGAGAAGGAACAGGCUGAUGCUGCAAGCAAGAGGGCUAAUGAAAAUCCCAAGCAGUCAGAAGAAAAUAACUUGGAUGAAAUUUCCGAGUUUGAGAUGGGAUCCAAGGAACCAUUAUGUAUCAACCAGACAGAAGAACCCGAGUCAAACACAACAGCUGGCCCAGAAUUGUGUGAAGACAGCCAGCUUAGCAUUCGCUCAAAAGCGAUUGCAUCAAAAAUCACUGAGAUUGAGAAGGUUUACCGACAAGUCUGUGAAACUUUCGGG